CAGGUAAGUUACAGUCACUGCCUUCGAAGCCAGCCCAAAACAAAAUUUUCGUUAAGAUUCAAAAUAGGGUUCAAAUCUUUUGGAGACGAAAAGCAUGGCGAGAAGUAGCAGAAGAAGCAACAUAACCGGCAUGGAAGAGAACACUCUAGCAAUUCUCGAAUCUACCGAAGCCAAAGACUCUCAAGACGCCAAUGAUGAUAGGAUUGCUUUUCUUGAAGCUGUUCAAGCCGCUUCAAUCAUACCUGAAAAUGGAACUGCUCCAACCUGCAAAAUGUACAGGGCAGUGUUUCAAAUUCUGAGGAUUGGGACAUCUCUGGAAUUGAUGAUGUCAAGUUAUGAGCUUCUUAAUGAGUUGGAUAAGCGUUUUCCUCGAGUGUAUGUAUCCGAAGCAUCAUCUGAUGGCUCACAUGAACUGGUUGUGGUUGACGAGGCUUGGUCGCCAUUUUUUCUUGGCUCAAAUGUUGCUUGUAGUGAGAGGAAAGCAGGCGGAGAAAUCUCUGGUGGCCCACUUGAUUUUUCUUGUUUUACUCUAUUGAUACAAGAGCUAGUUGAAGUAGCCAAUGGAACAAAAGUUAAAGCUAUAGACACAAAGCACCUGAGGAAUAUGUUAUUAUUUCAAUAUCUUGUCAGCUUACUUGAGGGAGACUUUAUACCUCGUAACAUUGUGUAUGAAGAAACAAUCAACUGGGCCCUUCUUCGGGAGUCCUUGCUCAACAUGCUUCUGGGUUCAAGAAGAACAAAUUAUAAAAGUUUAAUGAAGGAUUGCUUGUCCAUUUUAUGUUGCCUUUGUCCGGCACAUACUGGAGUCAUUAGCGGUCAUGGUUGUCCAGAGAACUCUUUCAGAAAGCCAUCUGAAGAUUGUAAUACUCCUUUGGUGUUUGCUUUACUUGAAGUUGGAAAGAGUUCUUGUAUAGCUAUGCAGAAGCUUCUGAUAAUGAUUAUGAAGCUUGACAUAUCAAAGAAGAAAGCAGACAUGCAAGGUCUCACUACCAGAGCUGAUGGUGUAAGAACCCCGUUGAUGGAUAUUAUUUUGGAUGAGCUGACAUAUGAUAGGGAUAUGCUUUCUCCAUUUCUUCAGGUUUUCAGUGAACCAAAAUGGAAGCUUGAAAUAGUUGUGCAGUAUUUCUUGAAAUACACUACUACUAAGCCUUCUGUUUGCACGCGAAGAUCAAAUAGUCCCAAAGAUGAUGCAACAUUCAAAGGCGUUUUAAAUUGCUUUUCAAAUAGCAUCAGCACGAAAAACAUUAUGAAAAAGAUCAGUACAGAUAUAGUUCAGUUGCUUUUGGCACAUGCUUUUCAGCAGCAGCAAUAUGCGAUUCCAUGCGAUUUCUUGAAAUGGGCCUCGUUUGGUUUUUAUAGAACCUCAAAGUUCGCCACUGGGUUCACGCCGUUGCAGCCAAAGCCGUUGGAUUCGAUCAUUGAUAUCCAGAGAGCCAAGGAUAAAUCAUCCGAGGACCUUGCUUCCAUUUGGGACGAUGGACUAGAGUAG